AUGAAUUGGAGCAAGCAAACCGUCGUUCAACUCAAGGCGGAAUUGAAACGCCGAGGGCUCGCCACCGCAGGUCUCAAACAGGAGCUCGUCGAGCGACUGACCACUAGCGACGAGGCCGCAGAGGAAGAGGUGCAGGAAGAUGUGCAGGAAGAGGCACAGGAAGAAGAAGAGGCUUCCCCAGAGCCAGAGCCCCAACCCGCCGAGCCUGCUGAAGCGCUCACCGAACCUGCUCCCAUUAACACCACCGCCGAAGAUGUUGCCGAUACUGAGAAUACAAUUGCGCAAGCAGUGGUGGCAAGCUCCGAACCCAAGAUGGAGCAAUCGGCACUCAAGCCCGCCACCCAAGAUACGGAGACAACCAUUCCGGAAUCAAUCGCCGCCGCGAACCCUACGCCUCCUGCCCCCGCUGAGAUGGCGCAAGAUGCGCAGAAACGAAAGCGCCGAUCCCAGAGCCCUGCCGAAUCGUCAGAGUCGAUUACUCGCAAGCGCAUUAAAGCAGACCAAGGCCGUAUCGAGGCAGACAAAGCAGACGAGGCACCAAGCUCAGAGUCAACCAGCGUUGCUGGUGUCAUAAACCAAAUCAAGGAAGGUGUGAAGGAUGUCUUGAAGGAGAGCCUGGAGGGAGGUAGCGGUCUUCUUGAGGAUGUUGCGAAGGAGGCAAAGGACACUUCGAAAGACGUUGAAGAGCUCGCGGAGAGCCACCCUAUUGAACAGGACCUGCCGACGACAGAAGCAAACGCCGAAGAAGACACGGAGAUGCAGGAUGAGCUUAACGGAAAGGUGGACGCAGUCUCUGCCGCCGAUCCUGAACACCGACAGGCUUCAGUUCACGGCCAAGAGCACCCCACGGACGGUCCGGUCACUGAUCAGGAGCGACACGAGAUUGCGCCAGCAGACGACAAUGACGCCAUGGAGUACGAAAGAACGGUGCAGCCAGCUAUCCACCCUGCUACCAGGGCUCUCUACAUCAAGAACUUGAUGAGACCACUGAAGGAGUCUACAGUUCAUGACCGUCUUGUUGAGCUAUCAACUCCUUCUGGCGCAGAACCCAACUCAGACGAUGUCGAGGACGUAUACCUGGAUUCCAUCAAAUCUCAUGCGUUCGCAGUGUUCAGAACUACGACUCUGGCUUCGCGUGUCCGGAACGCGUUGCAUGACGUCACCUGGCCAGAUGAAAGCAACCGCAAGCCACUUUCGGUGGACUUUGUGCCACCAGAAAAAGUGAGGGAUUGGAUUCACGAGGAGGAGGCCGAAGGAAAAUCCAACAGGAGCGCUCGAUUCGCAGUGCGUUACGACAUCGAAGACGACGGAUAUGUCACCGCUCGCCUGGUCUCUGGUAAUGGCGUAGCAUCGGCUGAGCCAACUAGGGGUGCACCUGCAGGCCCAGCUGUUAAGGACGUCAAUGCCAUUCCUCUCGGCCCUCGUGGCGGUCGAGGAUUUGAAGGAGCUCCCCUAGGCCCCAGAGGAGACUCCCAGCGUGGUCCUGGUUCUAGACCUCCACGACUGAUAGAAAACUUUCCCGGGGGCCCUGUACAAACCACGCGAGCCCACCCUCCGGUAUCUUUCCAGGCCGUCUCGGAUGAUCUUGUCAGCAGACGACUGCGAAAUAUGCGUUCUUACUACACCAAAGAUAUCGAUAGGGACAUGGGCCCGGAGACUGAGAUCAACCGCUACAUCUUCGAAGAGGGCGACAAGUUUGUUGACCGUGGCCACGAGAACUUUGUCGGCAUCCGACCCCCGCACAGAGAGGCUGAGCGUCGUCGACAAAUGGCCGGCGGAGGGCCGCCGCCGAGGGGGCCACCUCCUCCAGGCCGUGGUGGUAGACGGAGUGGUGGCAACGGCCGUCGCGGCCCCCGCAUGGUCAGCGACAGGUAUCUGCCGGGCAUUAAUGAGAGCGGCCCCUAUCGCCAGGGCGACCGUGGAAACUUUGGUGGUUCUCGUCCUGACGGUGGCCGCCGUUUCCGUUCCGACGACCGUGGCAGCCGGUACUAG